AUGGGUGCAUGGUGCAAAGUUGAGUUUGAACAAGGAAGUAAAGACAGUUAUGCCAUGGGCAACACACUCUUUGCAUACUUUUUAUGUAUAGGCAAGAGAGACAACUCGAAGGCAGCAUAUAUCCUGCAGUUCUUCGUUGACGACGCCGUCUUCAAGUCUUCAAGUCUUCAAACCCUUCCGAAUCUUCAAACCCUUCCGAAUCUUCAAACCCUUCCCGAAUCUUCAAACCCUUCCGAAUCUUCAAACCCUUCCGAAUCUUCAAACCCUAACCUAACCCUAACCCUUCCGAAUCUUCAAACCCCUCCGAAUCCUUCAGAAAGUUCGGCAUUGAGCCCAACUUCCCCAGCGUCUAUGACAGCAACGGCCGCGACAGCCGUUGUCAUUCAUUUCUAUUGCCAGCUGGAUCUGGCGGACCUCGUAAAAACUAUUGCCCAUAAUGCCUUUUCAAAAUUGAUUCAAAGCCGCCAGAACGAGCGUGACAGAAGAGGCAUAUUUGAGAAACUCGUGUCUUCUGUUAUUAUAAAGAACACGAGCCUUCCGACAGCCACAGACAGAGGUCGAGUUAUCGUGUCUGACUGGGUUUGUGAUAUGUAA